GCAUCCAGCGAGGGAGGUUUGAAGGCGUCAUUGUACCGUACCUACUGUUCACAUCCUUCUUCCAAGCUCAUUCGAUUGUCUUAGGUUAGCGUAUUUGAAAAGGAUGACGAAGCAGCCUGUUGGAAUAUGGUUGGUCAGCACCGUGAUCACCCUGUUGUGCGUCAACUUUGCAAGAGGCAAUGAUCAUCUUGGUGGACAGCAUUUUACAGAAGAAAGAGGAGAAACAUGUCCUUCCUUGCCCUCAGUUUCCGUCACGUUUGAAAUUUCAGCAUCGCGGUUGGAAGACGUGUAUCAAUCCGCAAAGCUCAUUACCCUGUCAGCCGUUCAAUCUAUUGAUAAGCUGGUGGAGGAGAAUCAGGAUAACUACGACCUAUUCCAGGGUUGGGCUGAUUGGGAUGACCGCACAAUCCUCGCCAAGCUCAACGGAACUUGCUACGUGGCUUUUGGCUUUCCAGAAGGCACUCUGCUGGAUCCCAUUCAAAACUUGAAUCCCCUUACCCAACCAGUGGGCGACUGCCUUGUUCGCCGUGGGUUCUUCGAUGCUUACAAUACGUCCUCUUAUGCCCAAGAGUUUCGUCAAGAGUUAAACACCUGUCUAGCUUCUUGUUCCUCCAAUGGGCAACGUCAACAAUGCCCCUUGGUCACCACGGGAUACUCGCAAGGUGGAGCUGUGGCGGUUGUAGCGACCAUUGAUCUGCGGCGGCAUGCACCCACGUUCAUUACCUUUGGAGCCACCAAAGCUAUUCUUGACGAUGCAUCCUGUCGCAAUCCUGUCGAGCAGCACCCCUGCACGGAUUUUCGGGUGGACCAGCACUAUCAGUUUGUCAACGUGCUCGAGGGAGAUUACGAGGACCUAAUCCAUUUUCAGCCACUCAUGUGGGACGACUCUUGUUUCUGGAUGAAAACACGGACUUUGUCAUUGGAUCUCCUGGCUCCAUCAAUGGGGAAAAUGUCAACGUUACGACCACCCGAAGUCCAUGGUCCAACUCGGUUCAUGAUGCCAAUCUCUAUCGACAGAGAAUUGAACGACUCUACAGUCAACAAAACUGUGCCCCAUUGCCAGUUGCCAGGUGGGAGUCCAAUCAUGUCUGCCACUACAAUGAUGAAUGCGACAGUGGACUGUGUCAAGAGGAUACCAAUGUUUCUUCUUAAACACGACGAUGCAAGCUAGCUCCGCGGUGCCAGUAGGGUACAUUACGGGACUCGUGUGUCAAGCAGAG